AUUUUCAUUGUCACAAACACAAAAUCUCUUCGAAUGUCCAAGUCUCAAUUGUCUCAGAUGUUGUUGGUUUGCAGCGUAUAAUGAAUCCAGAGGGCUUCGAGGUUGGCAUGUUAGGCCACCAGACAAGAACAGAACGAUGGCGAGAGCAAGCGAAGCCUCGGGAUCAAGAUGACAGCAGCAACUUCCGAGAGCACUACACGAUAAGACGCACUGCCCCUCCUGCCACCGGUGGUAGCCGAUAUUCCUGGAAAAGCAACAAAAAGAGCAACCGAAGAGUCGAUUCCAACACCCUUUUUGCCGAUGAAUACAGUGUCGAAUCGAAUGGGAAUGACUCUGCAACCACCACAGAAUCGGUGCAACAGCAGCGGAAACGAAAGUGCGCCAUGAGGGUCAUGGCCUUGUACAUGGCCGUUGCGACCAUCACAUUUGUGUCUGUCCUGCUUUGGAGAAUGGGUCUGGCUUUCAACGAAAUCGAUGACGAUUACAGUUCACUUCAAGAUCACUACUCCAACCAGACAGACUUUGACGAGGACGGUCGCAUGAUAUGCAAUGGAUUGGCAUCAAAUUGUCACAGAAGAGCCAAUGAGCUCAUGUACGCCACCGUACACAAUGCCAUGAGCAGUCGAGAAGAUGGCUUUCUCGCAUACAACAAUCUGUUCCCCUUGGAGGAUGCUCUCAUGGCUGGGUUCAGGGGGAUAAUGGUGGACUCCUGUGACUGCAAACGGGUGGGAAUUCAGCUCUGCCAUGGACUUUGCGUUGCUGGCUUCAGAAGACCCAAGAAUACCUUUCAAUCUAUUGUGGAUUUUAUGGUUGAAAAUGAGUUUGAGGUGGUCAUUAUAGAGAUUGAAGUCAGAGGGGAGAGUUUAGGGCCUCUUUUUGAAAUUAUUGCUGAAGUACCUGGAUUCAAAGAGUUGAUUUACCAGCAUCCUGAUGGUGACAUGCCGUGGCCAACACUGAAAGAACUGAUUGAAACGGGAAAGAGACUGAUCGUGUUUUCGCAUAAUGACAAGGGUUGUGACGACCGUGGGAAUUGUCCAGUUGGUGUCAUGAGCACAUACAAAUACGCAUUUGAGACACCUUUCGCUCAAAGGGGGGUGUCAGAGCUCAUGGAUCUAGAAGGUACAUGCAUUGUGAGCCGAGGCUGGUCCGAUUCUGAUUUCAUCAUUUCAAAUCACUUUGCCAACAACGAUCAAGGCAUUCCUGAGCUUGGGAUUGCAAUCACUGUCAACUCUGCCGAGAACCUUCUAAUCCGAUUGGAAUACUGUCAACACAAGUUUGAAACCGAUUAUGGAAACCCAAUCAUCAAUCUGCUCGUCGUGGACUUUUGGAACGUGGGAGAUACUCUGGCGGUGGUACACAAAUACAACAGCGAACUUCCUGUCAUAACAGAUGCCCCCUCCUCGCGUCCUAGUUACACACCUACCGAGUCACCAAAGCCAUCUGCGAUGCCUACGCGAGACACCAGCGUAGCGAUUGAAGAUGUGCUGUUGACGCCUUUACCCACUGUUUCGCCAACCACAGAGAUUCCUACCUCAACUCCUAGCAAGUCACCAUCGACAAACCUCCCGUCUAUGACACCCACCCCACAGUCGACCGAGAUGCAAGGUUCUCAAAGUCCAACGCUUUCACUGGAAUCAUGGUUUGAAUCUUUCAUGAACACAGCUCCCACCGCUACGUCAAACAAUGAUAUUGGGUUUGAGGACGAAAAGGAGAUACAAGAUGGCCUCGUUUCUUCAGCUUUCGAGAACCAUAACAUGUCUGGGUCGAUGUUGAUAUCAGAGUUGACUCAGGCUCCAUCUGACAACGAAGAAGACGAUGGUCACUCUAUUCCUCUUCUAGAAAAAGAACCAAGGCCCAGCACAUAGCGACAAUCCGCUGGAAUGCUCGGCUCGUGGCUUACAUCAAGACCAUCGUAGUAGAAGUAGUCUAAGUUAUGCUUUCACACCACAGUAUAGGUGGCAGUGACAUGCUAGAUUGUUGUAGAUUUGCUAAGAACUCGGAACUCCGGUACAACUCCGAGUAGCUGCCUUCAUAGAGGCUUCGAACUUUUGGGGUAUCCCAUUCUGCACUGUGCGACAUGCCGCAACGUCCAUGUGGAUCCCGACUUGGAACAGAGAACCAUCGAAGCGUACUGAAGAGUAGGAUUCGAUUCGAUGGUGCAUAUCUUCCGCAACACACACUUCAGUACGGCGACGCCGUUGGUGGAUACUGCUCCGGAGAUUCAUCGACAGCGUCUUCUCCGUCUUCGUUCGCCGGGGCUUGCUUGCACCCUCCAAAUGCACACGUUGUUGUGCCAUUCGACGCAUCGAUGGCUUCAGCCAUCAUAUGUAGAAACAAUCCCACCGCCACAAAGAUGUGAAAGAGUCCGUUUUCGUUGAAAACAAGCCGGUCAGGGAAGACCACAUUUCGGUAGCAUUGACAAAAUACCCCAGAAAAGACACCCAGAACCACAAAACCAAUUGUAAUGGUGGCAUUCCCGAGUGCUCGAAGGAUCUCACGGCGAACCAUGUACACAACAGAAAUGACAGCAAAGCUUCCCAGACACCAAAGCGCCGCAAACACUGUUUUCUCGAAAGCAACCACGCAAAAUGCAACGGCAACAUUGGGCACAGCAAGGCACAUUCGGAGACGGGUGUUCUCUGUCAGGGUGAAUUCUAAACAGGGCAAUGCCAAAACUGUAAAGCCAACGCUGAAAAGAAAUAUGGUCUUGCCUGCGGGGUCCGAUGGAUUGGUGAAGAACUGGUGGUAGAUUCCUGAUGUUACGGUUGAUGUGAGCGGCAUGAUGCCAUUGUUGAUGGGGUGAAACGCAAAACGAUGCUUCACUCACCUGCAUACGAGUAGCCUUCGGGAAAGGGAGACGCAGGAAAAGCGAUAUGUCAGCGGUGCUGUCAUGAUGGUGGGCGUGGUACGCAAUUUCUUGGGCUUACCGACGCUUUGCAGAAGGAAGUACGCCAUCAAAUAAGGAUCUUGUUUGAAAAAGCACUGCAUCAACAGAGCGCAACCACUGAUCCCACCAACGAAGUAAUUCGUCAGAAAAGUUGAAAACGCGCUGGGAGAAACAGGACAAAGUACGACGUGAGCAGCAUUCGGCCAUCACGAUGUCACAAGGAAAUUUCUUCACUCACUUGUCCACGGUGUUCGCAGGGUCGAUGGACAUGGUGGUAGCGUUGCGGAUUGCAGAAAAACAAUAUCGACGAUGAGGAAGAUGGCUUGAAGAUGGCAAACAACAACAGGACGUAUUGGACAACUCUCAGCACGAAGAGUCGAGGACGCUGUUGGAGAAAAUAAAAUGCACCAAUGACACCGAGAGUGAGCAAAACAAUUUAAAUUGGAGCGUUAACGUUGCUGUGUCAGCUAGUCGAG